AUGAAACCACCGGCUGCUAAAUCGACUUCCAAGGAAAGAUCGGUUCCCAAGAAGAGGAGCGCAACUCUUACCGGGAAGUCCGAUGAGGGAAAAAAUUCAGUGGAACCCAGGAAUUUGGAAUCUCGGAAAUGCGACAACGAUAAUGGUGUUGAGAGGAUACAAGAGAUUGUCGAGUCGCUGAUUUCUGCAGUGAUCAUGAAAGUUGAGGGAGAAAACAUCGCUUCCACAAAACUGAGUAUUGUGAAGAACGGAGAGGCACAAAUGACAGUUAAGGGUGAAGACAUUGACAGCUGUGCACGUCUUCCAACAGAUGGUGUAUGUCAGAAACCUGAUCGGGUAGAUCAAGUCAUAAAGAAGAAACCACCUGCUGCAUCCACCAAUGCCGUUGCACUACGUAAAGGUGAUAAAAUUCCUGAUGAAGUGUUUGUAAGAAAUGAAGCAGAACUAAAUCAAGUUUAG